GCAUGCCUAGGGCUGCCUGAAACAAAACACGUACAUACAUAAAGCUGAUCAUAACUGAUCGGACAUUUGGCACCAACAACACUAUGCCGAGGAAGCAGGAAGCCAAGAACAAACCUUCUGCUAACGGGAUGUCUGCUGCUGACUUGCCUGCCCUCGGAGGACCACCACCAGCCGGCCAAACGCCGUAUCUUGCUCAGCAAAAAAAUCCACCCUCGCAAGCUGCUCCAUCGAAUUUAGGUACGCAGAAUCCGCGGGGACCCAACACGUUGCAGCCGCCGUACCAACCAGCAGAAAAAAGAAACAAAAAUGGAGGAAAAAAACAUUCUGCUAAUGGUAUGUCGCGUGAUGUGAAGUACUAGCCUAGCUUGUGGAUCUACAAAAGCUAUGCGGAAUAUAUACUAGUUAAAUGGUUUAUUGCAAAUACCUACUCCAUCCAUUCUAAAUUAUAUGUUGUUUGACUUUUUGAUACCAAGUUUGACCACUCGUCUUAUUUAAAAAAAUUAUUAAAAUAUAGUCAAAUUUUAAAAUAUUAUCGAAGAACUUGCAUUGAUAAAUCAUGCUACAGCAAAAUAAAUGAUAUUUUGCACAAAUUUUUUAAUAAGACGAGAGGUCAAAUUUGAGGUCAAAAAAGUCAAACAACCUAUAAUUUGGAACGGAUGCAGCAGUUCUCAAGUAUAUAUAGUCGCUACAUAUUUUUUUAUCGCUUAUGUAAAACAUGGUGCAUUUGGGUGUGUAUAUUCUCGGAUAAUAAUGUACAUUCGUAUAUAUAUGCUGAUAUAUACUUU